AUGUCUGCUGGCCGUAACCCGACCCUUAUCGAACAGCUUUUUGAUACCGGUAGACUCAAGAGCCCCUCCUUUUCUCUCUAUCUUGACCCCAAGUGGCGUAGUGACAAGGGUUUCGUCGGUGAGCUCACUUUUGGUGGAAUGGAUUCGAUACGGUAUAUCAAACCAAUGGAGUACGCUCUGGCCGCUGGGGAAGACAGAUGGAAGGUCCAGUUGGAUACAAUCACAGUAGGCGACUCCCGAUUGAAAGUAUUCGGAGAUGUAGCUUUCGUCGACACUGGUACCAACUAUCUCUUCGUGCCGGCUAAGCAUUGGGAAGCCCUGACCUCAGCUAUCUGGCAGGGUCCUGAUGUGAAGUUGACUUAUUUCCCCAAGCUUGAUGCCUUAUUUGUGUCUUGCAGGGAAAGAAGUAAACUGCCUGAUAUCGCUCUUGGGAUCAGAGGUCUCAAGAAGACUGUUUAUCUAUCGCUCAGCCAGGAAGCUUACGUCGCGGCAGAUCUGAACGGAAAAUGCUAUCUACAAUUCUACCGUUCGCCAACAGAGUAUUGGAUUUUUCCCGACUUCGUCCUAGUUGGUAAUUUCCUUCACUUCCUACCAUCGGGGCUCUCAGGGCAUCCUUCACCAGUUAUCGGUAUUGCCAAGUUGAGAUCUUUACCAGAGCCUCGAUUGAAAGGCGGUGCACUAUCAGUCUAG